AUGCACCAGGAGCAAGACGCACACCGUGGGCGGCUUAUCGCCACGGUCGCUGCAACUAUCAUCUCCCUGGCCUGCGGCACAAACUAUGUCUAUUCGGCAUGGGCACCCCAGUUCGCCGAGAAACUCAGGCUUUCCACUACGGAGAGCAACCUGAUCGGCCUAUUCGGUAACCUGGGCAUGUACACUCUGGGUGUUCCCAUUGGCAUGUUUGUGGACGAGCGCGGAUCAAGGCCUGCUGUGCUUGCCGGCGCCUUUCUCCUGGCUAUUGGCUAUGUGCCCCUCUGCCUCUCCUUUGAGAAAGCCGCGGGCUCUGUCCCUGUGCUCUGCUUCUUCUCUUAUCUGACCGGCCUGGGCAGUUGCAUGGCAUUUGCAGGAGCUGUCAAGACAUCUGCGCUCAACUGGCCCAGCCAUCGCGGCACGGCUACGGCCUUCCCGCUUGCUGCAUUUGGGCUCAGCGCCUUUUUCUUCUCCUUUCUCGGGGCCAUUUUCUUUCCCGGAAGCACCAGCUCCUUUCUGAUGCUCUUGUCAUGGGGCACUUUUGGCCUUACCUUCUCCGGCUACUUCUUCUUAAAGGUAUACCCUCAGGUAUCCUACCAGGAGGUGCCCACCCAAACACCCGAAUCACAACCUGCUCGACAGAGGACGCGCAGCAUAACCGAACCUGGUACUGAUCCCGAAGCUGGUGAUGAUCCCCUGAUUGACGAGUCAUCAUCCUUGAUGCCCGAUGUUGUAACUGCCGACAUAGUUGGGCGCAGUAGUGUUGAUCAAGAUGUGUCUCAUCGAGUAGAUAUCCGAGGGGUGAAGCUCCUGGUCUGCCUGGAUUUCUGGCAGCUGUUCUCUAUCAUGGCAAUCCUCGCUGGAACUGGCCUCAUGACUAUCAAUAAUAUUGGAAAUGACGCAAACGCCCUUUGGAAGCAUUACGACCCCUCGGUCGACGAGCCGUUCCUUGUUAGUCAUCAGCAGGUACAUGUGUCUAUUCUCUCUGUCUUUAAUUUCGUCGGAAGAUUGCUAAGUGGAAUUGGUUCUGAUUACCUGGUCAAGACCCUUCGUGCCAGCCGCAUCUGGUGCCUUGCCGUGGCCUGUCUCAUCUUUCUUCUUGCUCAAAUCUGUGCGCUGCAAAUUGAGAUGCCACACAAGCUUGUAUUUGUUUCAGGCCUCUCCGGCUUGGCCUAUGGUUUCCUUUUCGGCGUCUUCCCCUCCAUUGUUGCAGAGACCUUUGGCAUCCGCGGGCUGAGUCAGAACUGGGGAUUCAUGACUCUGGCUCCUGUCGCCUCUGGGAAUGUUUUCAAUCUGCUGUAUGGAAGAAUAUAUGACAACCACAGCGUCGUUGAACCUGAUGGCACGAGAUCCUGCGACGAUGGCAUUGCAUGUUACCGUGGUGCAUAUGCUGUUACCGCGACCGCAUGUGCUCUGGGGUUAUUCAUCACUCUGUAUAUAAUUCACUACCAGAGGGCUAAAUACCUAAAGGGGAAGGACAAGCUCGAUGAAGAAGACUAA